AUGGCCCUUUUAAGCAGAAUUGCUCUAAUCUUUCUUCUUGCAUUACUUUGCCUUUCUCCAUCUUUGGAGGCAAGAAAGCUCCCUCAAGUGGAGAAGGCUAUUCCUAGUGAGACUCGAAAUCUUUCCAAGAUUGAUAGAGUCUUGCAGUCAGUUACAAGCUCUCGAAUUGGACAUUAUCAAAUCUUGCAACCAUUUCCAAACCCUGGAGGAACUGGCGAUUCUCGAGCUUUACGUUCAGCUCCGAGGCCUGGAGCAGGACAUUAUCAAAUUGUUUCAAGCCCUGGAAUUGCUAGAGGCCAGGCUCUGCAAUCAGUUCCAAGUUCUGGAAUUGGUGAUUAUCGAACUUUGCAGUCAGUUCCAAGUCCUGGAGUUGGAAACUAG